AUGUUGGAUUCACCAGCUGAACAACGAGAAAUUGUGUGGGGAAACAGAACAUGGAUUGGUUUGGACCGUGACUCAAGUAAUAACUCACGCUGGCAAUGGAUCGAUGGUUCGUUAGUGGUUUACCUAAACUUUACUUCUAACCAACCAAACAACUGGAAUGGUACUGAAGAUUGCGUAGAAAUGCUUCCGUCAAAGAAAUGGAAUGUCUUGAAUUGUAAUACUUCUCUUCAUUAUUCUUGUGAACUGUCGUCGGGUAGGUCACGUUAUUUUCAGACAACAAGAAAUCAAGUAGUUUUAUAUUCAAGGAGACGUAUCGUAAAUGUUUUCUGGCAUUUUUUUUUUUGUAUUUUGUUUUAUUAAAAAAGAAAAGUCACAAUGGUGUAGAUUGAAGUAAUAAUAGCUGCUAAAGGACUAGCCUAGUAUUUUAUAUUUGAUAGUAGCUAAUGCCAAGCACUUGUGUAGAGCAUUUUCAAGAGUUGCUAGUAACGAAGGGGCCCUACCUACCUAUUUAUAUUUUCUACACACACACACACACACACACAAGCCUCUUUUUUGUCUCUAAGUCGCUGUUAUUUGUCUGCGGUCAUUAGCCUAUAGCGGUUUUCUGGAGUAUUGAAUAAUAUUUUACCUGAUUUGUAACACGAUUGUAUGACGGUUUUAUGUUCGAUCUGCAGUAAACACAGCCUCAUUCCCGAGGGUCCUCUCCUACCAACAUUAAAAUUUGUUACUGAAAUCAAGGACACAAAUAACUCCUCUGCGAAAAAGUAUGUUGCUAAAAUUUCCUUACGUCCGCUAUUACAAAGCCGGUGAAUGCAUGGUCGAACAGACAGCGAAAAGAAAAGUGUCAUUUUUUUUUUCUUUUUUGGUUGGAGAAAUUUCAUUCCAUUGUCCUGAGCAUUCUAAUGAAAUAAAAUUUUUAAAAAAAUGAGAAGAAAAAAGAAAAAAAAGGGAAAUUCAAAUUAAUAAAGAGCGUAAAUUGAGGAUCAAGUCCGAGAUAACAGUUAUCAUUUUUGCUGUAGACAAAGGCAAAACGCGGUUAUAAACUUUAUGACACUUAUUAGGGUCUAAGUAAUCUAUUACCAGUGUCGUGAUUGUUUAUCCUCACUUUUUUAAACUUGCUCUAUAUCUCCUCUUUCAAAGGAUUUACGUGCCCAAAACUCUCCUUCACAAAUGAUGUGCGAAUUUGGCCCGAGAGUUGUGUUUUAUACAAUCAAAGAUACGGCUCAAUUUGCUCAUUUUCCUGCGCUACUGGAAAACAAAUUAGUGGCACUUCAUCUGCUCGGUGCGGAAUAAGAGGAUACUGGAGCGAGGAAGUGAACGAAGUCAGCUGUAAU